CUCAACCCCGUCGCGGGGUGGUGGCGCGGUGCAUGCCGGGCCCGAGGCGGACUCUCCCCCUCGCUGGGUGAGGAGCUCGGAGUCUCGUCUGCCGCCAUGUUCCUGUGGGCCGCCGCCGCCGCCGCCUGGGGCCUCUAGCCCCCGCCCCGCCCCCGUGUGUCCUGGCGGCGGAGGAGGAGGAGGCGCCGCCGCGGGCCCGGAGCGGAGCCGGGCAGCGCCCAGCGAUGUCCGCCAAGGAGGGGAGCAAGGUGCUGCUGCUGCCGCCCCCCGGCACGAGCGAGCGCGCUGUCAAGGUUUCAGAGUUAUCACCAGUGAAGCAGCUGUCAUUUGGAAAGGAACAUUUGCAAGCUGUCCCUUUUCCGCCAACACAUCGCUUAACAUCUGAGGAGGUGUUUGAUACAGAUGGAAAACCAAGGGUUGAUAUUUUGAAGAACCACUUAAUAAAAGAAGGUCGGGUAGAUGAAGAAAUUGCACUUAGAAUCAUCAAUGAAGGUGCUGCAAUUCUACGAAGAGAAAAAACCAUGAUAGAAGUUGAAGCUCCAAUUACAGUGUGUGGUGAUAUUCAUGGCCAGUUCUUCGAUCUAAUGAAGCUGUUUGAAGUGGGAGGAUCACCUGCUAACACAAGAUACCUCUUCCUUGGUGACUAUGUAGACAGAGGUUAUUUUAGUAUAGAGUGUGUGCUGUACUUAUGGGUUCUGAAGAUUUUGUACCCAAACACAUUGUAUCUUUUGAGAGGCAAUCAUGAAUGCAGACACCUCACAGAAUAUUUUACCUUUAAGCAAGAAUGUAAAAUAAAAUAUUCAGAAAGAGUCUAUGAUGCUUGUAUGGAAGCUUUUGAUUGCCUCCCUCUUGCUGCACUUUUAAAUCAACAGUUUCUCUGUGUUCAUGGUGGACUUUCACCAGAAAUAAACACACUAGAUGACAUUAGGAGACUAGAUAGAUUUAAAGAGCCUCCUGCGUUUGGACCAAUGUGUGACUUACUGUGGUCAGAUCCCUCAGAAGAUUUUGGAAAUGAAAACUCACAGGAGCACUUCAGUCACAAUACAGUCAGAGGAUGUUCCUAUUUUUAUAGCUACCCAGCAGUUUGCGAAUUUUUGCAAAAUAAUAACUUGUUGUCAAUUAUUAGAGCACAUGAAGCACAAGAUGCAGGCUAUAGAAUGUACAGAAAAAGUCAAACAACAGGGUUCCCAUCAUUAAUAACAAUUUUUUCGGCACCUAAUUACUUGGAUGUCUACAAUAAUAAAGCUGCUGUAUUAAAAUAUGAAAAUAAUGUGAUGAAUAUUCGCCAGUUCAAUUGUUCUCCACAUCCUUACUGGUUACCAAAUUUUAUGGAUGUAUUCACGUGGUCAUUGCCAUUUGUUGGAGAGAAAGUAACAGAAAUGUUGGUGAAUGUUCUGAGCAUUUGCUCUGAUGAUGAAUUAAUGACAGAAGGAGAAGAUCAAUUUGACGUAGGUACAGCUGCAGCACGAAAAGAAAUAAUCAGAAACAAAAUCCGUGCAAUUGGCAAGAUGGCAAGAGUCUUCUCUGUUCUCAGGGAGGAGAGUGAAAGUGUGCUGACACUCAAGGGUUUGACUCCCACUGGCAUGUUACCUAGUGGAGUGUUGGCUGGAGGACGACAGACCCUGCAAAGUGCCACUGUAGAGGCAAUUGAGGCUGAAAAAGCAAUACGAGGAUUCUCUCCGCAACAUAAAAUCUGCAGUUUUGAAGAGGCAAAAGGUUUGGAUAGGAUCAAUGAGAGAAUGCCACCAAGAAAAGAUGCUCUUCAGCAAGAUGGUAUUAGUUCUGUAAACACAAAUGCCAACGGAAACAAUGGAACUGGUAACAACAAUGCACAGUGACUACUCCAACUUCUGGUUUACUCACAUAUAUCUCGCCUGAGAAUUCCUAGAUUUACUGCUUUCUGACAUGACAACAGAUGAAAUAGCCAGGGGGAUCAGUCAAACUGACUACUUAAUGUGAUAUGGAAAACAACCUGAUCCCACUGAAGAGCACCAUCAUGCUUUUGAGACAACCGCCCCUCUGUAUAAGUGAUGACUUGAACAUCUCUUCGGCAUGCUUCUUGUAUUGGCAGAAAAUCCAUCGCUGACUGCUGAACCUUGGAGAGAUCUGGGAAAAUAAUUGGGCUGUUAUCAUUAAAGCACAUCUAGACUAGCAUCUUAUGCUUAUCAUUGUCAACACUUUUAAGUUUACAAAUGGGAUGUUCUUUUCAGUAGAGCUAGAUUUUUUUUAAAUCAGACUUUUAAAUACAGCCCUUAGAGCUAACUAUUUAUUAAUGGACAUUGGUCUCAUGAAAUGUCUUUAAAAGAUAGAAUAGAAUGGUCUUAAAAAAUCUGAGGCUGCAAAAAACUGUAUUUUAAAUAGAGAAAAAUGCCAAAAAUCUCAGUUGGUCAUUCUAUAAAAUGCUGACCUCAGGUGCACUCCUUAGAUACUGCUAAUUCUGUAUUUUGUAGUUAUGGCUUAUCAGAAGAUUUCUACAUAGGAAAGUUUAUUACUUGAACACAGAUUUAAAAAAAUAUAUUUAAUUUAGAAACUUUUUUGCCCAGCUUUUUCAAAACUCGCCCCACCUUGAAAAAAAAAUUUAAAUUAUAUAUAUCUAUAUAUAUCUAUAGGUAUAUAUAGAUAGAUAUCUAUAUAGAUAUAUAUAGCUAUAUAGAUAUAUAUCGCUAUAUAGAUAUAUAUAUAUACACACACACUAAUUUUAAAGUGAAAAAUCAUGGAACUGCUUAAUUUUAAGGUACUUUUAAUUGAACUUUGUACAUUAUGUUGAAGUAAAUUUUGAUUCAUAUCAAGUCUGUAAAGCUUGGCAUUGUAUUUUGUGUAUGCAUGUUUUAAUUUUGCAAAAUAUUUAAUAUAUAGGCCUAUGAUGUACAUCUAUAGGUUACAUAGAUGUUAUUGGUACUUUUAGUUUAUUGUGAGUAUUACAGUUGCAUAAAUAGCUAAUCACUGGGCUGAAUAGCUGCAAGCUUUUUAUUAUUUUUUAACUCUGUAAAGGAAACUGAAAAUGUUAUGGAAAUACUUUUGUUUAGGCAAUGCAGCGCAUAAGUAAUUGCUCUGUUCAACUGCUAAGGCAUUAGUGAAAGUGUAAAAUCGAGACUGCAUGUAUUUUGAUAGCUACAGGACUGCUUGGUUAAAAUUAAAACUGAAAUUCUAUGCCGAUUUGUUCACAAAUACUGAACUGUACUGAUUGCCACUGUACUUUUGUUAUAUAUUUUGACAUUUGCUACCUUUCUCAUCCCCUGGAACACAACUUGAAACUUAAGUCACUUGAGUUCAUCUCCCUUUUUUUGUUUGCCAUAAGGUACAAUCUGUAUAUAUACCCCUGUCUCAGUCAAAAAUUUUAUGCAUGUUCUGAACUAUUCAAGUAUUUUAUAAACAGUAGCACACAAUAAAUUUUGUGCAUGGGCUGCGGCUCCUA